AUGAGGAUACAGGGAUAUUAUUUCAAGGUGGUGUAUACUCCGGGCAGGUAUAUGUAUAUUGCCGAUACGUUAUCGAGGGCUCCUCUGCCGGAGUUUAUGCACGAUCGAGAGUCUGAGGAUGUUGAGAUGCAAACAUGUUUUAUGAUUGAAUGUAUGCCGUUUAGUAGAGAAAAAAUAGAUAGAGUUCGAAAGGCGACAGAGGUUGAUGAGGAAUGUCAGUUAUUAAUUAAGUACAUACUAAACGGCUGGCCAAUAAAUGAGCAUGAUGUUCAUAAAAACGUUAGAAAGUUUUGGUCAUAUUGUGGAGAACUCCAAUAUGUGAAUGGGUUAAUAUUAAAAAAUUAUUGUAUAUUUAUUCCGCAAAGUUUACGAGCCGAAAUGAUUGUAAAAGUACACGAAGAUCACCUAGGCAUAGAGAGGUGUAAGAGGCGCGCGCGUGAUGUAAUGUUCUGGCCAGGGCUGUCAGCGGACGUGGAGCGCGCCGUGCGCCGCUGUGAAUCGUGUGCUCUGCAUGCACCGGCUCCCGCGCGGGAACCACUACUUCAACAUAUCGUACCCAAUGCACCUAGGCAAAAACUUGCCUCAGAUAUCCUUGAGUAUAAAAAGAAAUACUAUGUCAUAUUAGUAGACUAUUUUUCUAAUUAUGUUGAAGUUCAAGAAGUAAAUAGUAUAUACAGUAGAACAAUUAUUCACUUUAUGAAGGAACAAUUUUCGAGGCAUGGCAUCCCUAGCGAGCUUGUUACUGAUAAUGGGCCGGCAUAUAGUUCCCAAGAAUUUAAAAAAUUUCUUAGGGUAUGGGAGGUUAAGCAUGUGAUUUCAUCACCUCAUUACCCUCAGUCAAAUGGGAAAAGUGAGUGCACAGUGCAAACUAUAAAAAAUCUUCUCAAAAAAAUGCGUCGAUUCUGGGGAUGA